AUGGCAAACAUCCUAUGUCUGAUCAUGCUAUUACAUAUUUUCAUAUUUGGAUCCCCAACACAACAAGCAAAUAUUCCAACUAUUCGAUGGGGACAACAUUCCCAUAAAAUCACUUUGAUGGUUUUAAUUGAGGCAAUUUCAAACCACGAUGUUAAAUUUACAGAAAAUAACAUUCACAUAUCUGCCACAAACAAACACGGAGAAGACGUAGAAUUAAGCUUAGAUCUAUUGAGGCCAAUAAUACCCGAGAAAUCUUCCUAUGUUAAUCUCGAGAGAGGAUUAAAAUUAAACAUUUUGAAGAAGACCCAAGAACCUUGCUGGAAACGUUUAACAAAAGAAAAAAAACUUAAUUUUUUAAUCAAAGACAAAAGCUUUGGAGAUCCCAAUGACUGUGAAGAAGCAAAACAUACAUGGCUUUUGGAUUACAUGUUUUACAAAAGAAAAACAAAUCCUAUCAAAACAGAUGAAUCGGCUAAAAAAAAUGACCCAGUUCAAGACAUAAUUAAUAAUUUGAAAGAUUCCCAAUCACAUUUUUCUAUACAUGAGUUUUAA